UGGUGUCCAAAUUGGUGGUAAAACAAUGAAAAUUUGUCUGUCAUGAAAAAAGUUUUUGACUUUGGGUCUUGAAGUUAUCUAAUUUAUAUCUAAUAUACAAGGUUUCACAUGAGGGGUAGAGUUUUGUUAGAACAGUGUAUUGGUGUAAACACCUGAAUAAUAAUCUUGUUCCUCAAAAUCUCUCCAGUAUUGUGACCACACAAAUGCUUCCAAACUUCCUACAUGCCUAAUCCAGUGAACAGAGAUGAGUAUUCAUUUGGAACUCCUGGCUCCACACAGUUUGACCUCUGACCCCCCUAAGGAUGCUGCUUUCUCUCCCUCACUGAAUAUCAUUCAGUAUGUAUUACAGAUCAUAUACAUUGGAAUACCUCCUGACUGAGAUUGCCAGGACUCAUUUCAGGACCCAUUUUUUGCCUUCCCACCUUUUCUAAGUGCUCUCCUAUAUCUCCCAUAUUUCCUAUAUUCUUCAAGGACUUCUCCUACACACACUAUUCCUCCUGACCAAUUGCCUGUACCUGUUCUGUGCAUCCUUGUUUUUCUUUCAGUCCUCAAUAUCCCUUGACACCCAGGAUUCUAUAAUCGGACCAAAACAGCCUGGCUGAACACGUGCCCUGUCCACACACGGAUAUGCUGUUUACCACACCACUGCUCCCAAUCCACUUGCCAGGUCCUGUCGUGGGUUAUGGAAAUCAGCUUCCCCAAUUUGGGACUUUAACUUGCAGAUGAUCCUAGUCUCUCUCUAUAACUGCAAAUUUAUGAUGCCUAUCCCCAAAAUGGUCCCCCACUGACAUUUCCACACCAGCCUGACUUUAGUUAUCAACAUUAAAUGCAGGUCAUCAGCCCUUCUUGUGCAGAAUUGUUUACGUAUUGGCUCAAAAACGUCACCUGGAUACACCAUACACAUUAUCCCCACUCCAUAUCCAGGCUCCUUGCAAUAAGGCAAUCCCAGUCACUUGGGAGGUUAAACCAACAUCUGUCACCAUGUUUCUCUUACACAAUCCAACUCUCCAUCACUUCAUUGGCAUUUAGGUCUAGCUUUACCAACAAUACACAGUUUCCAACUGAACUGCUGGGAUUUGACACAAUUACUCACUGUGUAGUGAGCACAAGACCUCUGUAAUCCGCAGUGCUGUGGUCAUUCUUGCUGUUGAGCAGAGAACACAUGAAUCUUUUGCACUAGACUAAUUGUGAUCUGAACACCUGAUGACCCUGUACUUAUCCCUAACUUGUGCCGAGAGAUUUAUCAAUGUUUGAAAAGUUUUGUUUUUCCACUGAUCUUGGGAGUUCUAGAGUCAGCGGCAUUGUUGUGUAGAAUCGCUAAGCUCAGUGCAUGCUGGGGACGCACAUUGUUGUGAUUUGCUUUCACUGUAGGUGCCUGAAUUACACGAUGGCCAUGUCCAACCUGGAGAUGCAGCUGCACAGUGCACAGAAGAACCUGCUCUUCCUGCAACAGGAACACGCCAACACGCUGAGGGGCCUGCACUCCGAGAUACGCAAACUGCAGCAGCAUUGCUCCGACCUGGCCUUUGAACUGACCAUGAUGCCACCACAAUCAGAGCAGGCAGGGAACGGUGACUCAAGAAGUGAGGAAUUGAGGGAAAAAUAUGAAGAGCUGGAAUCCCAGCUAAAAGCUAAAGAAGAUGAAAAUAAUGAUUUAAUGAAGGAUUUGGAGAAGAAGAAUGCAGUAAUCAUGGUGCUGGAGAACACAAUGAAGGAGCGAGAGAAGAAGUACCUGGAUGAGCUGAAGAUGAAAAGUCACAAGCUGAGCAUGUUGUCCAGUGACCUGGAACAGAGGGCCAGCACCAUUGCCUACCUCACCUCCCAGCUACAUGCCACCAAGAAGAAGCUGAUGGCAUCGGGCAGUGGGGCUACAGACACCUCGUCCACUGCGAGCUCUGCCUCCAGCAAUUAUAAGCCAUCACCGCCCAAAGACAAGAUGCCAGAAACCCCACGCCGUAGAAUGAAGAAGAGUCUUUCCUCUCCUUUGAACAGUGAGUUUGCAGAGGUCUACAGACUUGGGACUGAUGGACGAAAGCUAGUUCUGCGAUCUGAGCCAAUGGAUGCCAUGCCAGACCCAACACCCUUCCUCCAGGGGAGGGGAGAGUGCGACGUACACUUGAUGAAGGAGAAGCCUUUACCUAUUCCACCCAUUCCUUCAGAGCGAGGCUGUGUGGAACAGCCGAGCCCUGGCAGAGACAAGCCGCACAAGCCUCACCACAUAUCGCACCGAAUGGCCGGGGCACAGGCUGAGGCUGCAGUGGAAAUGCUGGCAGUGGACCAGGUCAAUGAUGGCAAGGUGGUUAGGAAGCACUCGAGCACAGACAGAACUGUGUAAAGGACUGCUUUACUUGGCUUGUUGCUUUUAUAGCUGUGCACAAAAUAUAGACAAAAACUUCACGCAGCAUUUUUUUUUAAUUUUGUUUUUAAUGAGAGGAAAUACAAAUGCCAAACUAACAGUUUAUGGGAAAGCAAACCCAUCACGUCUCCUGAAUUUCUUUUUGUGUCGUAGUUAAUUGUUGGCCCAAUGUAUAACCUGCUGCUUGCUUCUACCAGUAAUCUAAUUGCACUAGUGGUUUGAGAAAAACACAACCACACUUGCUGUUGCACUAAGCAGCUGUAAUCGCUGAAAGAGAAGGUACCUUGGUAUAAACACUACUAUCGCACACCAUUUGCAGCUAUAAACAAAACUGUUAUUCUUUCCAAUAAUAUUAAUGGUGGAAGGCCCUGGUUAGAUGAAGGUCUGUGACAUUGCGUGUUGUGCACCUGUUGACAAAGCCCAGCUAGCAGCAUGUGAAACAUCCAUCGCCUGUCUAUAUACACUGGAACAGCUGCAGAAUUCAGGUCAUUGCAUUUAUACAAAGUUUGAUUUUGUAAUCCAAUUAAAUGAUUAUUGAUGAUCUGA